CACUUUUUUCCCGCUCUUAUCUCGCUAAGCGCUAUCUCCCGAUGUAGAAAUAAAAAAGGUGGGGUGAAAUUUACGCCAAUAGCAAUGCACUCUGUGCAAGUGGAAUAGAGCUUCAGUUGACACAUGCCUGUGAUAGAAACUGGCCUCUCGCCAAACCGUUCAAAAUGCUGUCGCGAAAGCUCCUGUGUUUUCAGUUCACCGAAGCAAAACACCGGCAAGAUUUUUUGAGCCACGCUAUGAGCGUUGCUGUCAGUUAGUUUUUCAUAGGUGAUUCACUGAAAUUUCGGAUUAAAAUCGGACACGAAGAAAUAUUGCUCUCUGGCAACAGAAGAAGUACAUAAUGCCUGUAGAUUUGGAAAUGUUUUUAUCUGCUGCUGCGUCUCCGUUCUUCGAGUAUACGCCUUUUGGAGAAGGUCGUUUCGCUGUUACAAAUGCAUACAACGACAGUAGAUUUCGAAGAAGUUUGUCCCUGCCAAGGAAUCAUUUUCUAGUCGAAUCCCACCACAAGCAGCCGCCUUGUAAAAGACAACCAUAUCAUAAAGAUCUUACUUCCAAAGAAAAGAAUAGUGCUGCUUCCGCCGAUGUUCUAUCAUUUGGAGCACGAAAGAAAAAAGUUAGUUUCGCCGAUGAUAGAGGAUUCAGUUUAGUUGAAGUUCGAGAGAUUCCUGGUUCAACUAAGUGGGCAGAUCAAGUUUUGACACUUCUGAUCGGCGAUGCGAAAAAAAGUGUCGUCUUGGAGAAGAAAUGGAAACUUUCUUUUCAACAUCCACCAUGGGAAGAUGAAGCCCUUAUAAGGUUUCUACAAACAAAUGCUGUUGUUUUAGAAUCCGUGUCAGUAACGGAUGACAACCUUUAUGGAAGUAUCAAGGUAAGAAACUUGGCUUACGAAAAAAAUGUAUUUGUAAGAGUUACUUUCGAUCGGUGGGUGUCUUAUGUUGACAUAACAGCUUCCUAUGUUAAACAUAGACUGCAGAGACAGAGUGUUUACGACACAUUUUCUUUCACUACACGAGUUUCACCUGCGGCUUUCAGAUACCAAGUUAUAGAAUUAUGUGUUUGUUUCAAAUGCAAUGGUAAGGAGUACUGGGACAACAAUGGUGGAAUCAAUUAUCGCCUCGUAAUGGAGCCCGCUUGUGGUGAGGCAGGAUUCUGUGAGCGCUCAAAAUAUAGUAAGCCAAGCAAUAAAAUGACUGUGUCCCUUUCGGAGAAUCUUGAAAAAUUUUCUGAAAUUGAUUCUUGGAGCUCUCUUAUGUAUGGGCAACCUUACUGGUGAAAAUGAAACGAGUGCCGAUAAUUUCAUUCAAGUUGGCACAUAAUGGAAACCAAAAAUAUGUUGAAAUAUUUCCAGUAGCUGAUGAACGGCUAAUGGACGUUUACUUUCCAAGUGGAACUCGAAAAACCGAAGUCGCUGAUUUGUGAUUUCGAAGUGAUUUUCAUGGAACAAAUAUUGUCCUCGACUUUUUCCUUCGAGACUAAUUGUUGUGAAAUAUGGGUGAUAAAAUAUCUUUAGUGCAAAGAUGGAUUAUACUUUAUAAUACUAUGCUUCUCUUGUUGAAUAUUUUUUCUACUUUGAUUUUGCAAUUAGUCUGCAGAUCAAAACUUAUGAGUGAUCCAUAUUUUACAAAAAGCACUCAAAUAAGAUAUAUGAAAUCUUAAUGACUGUAACAGAACGAACUCUAUUUUUUUUGCAUUAAUAUAUAAGAUGUUUCAAAGCAAAGUAGUGUUAUGCAUAUUCAUUCGCAUUUAUAUUGUUCAAUAUUUAAAUAAAUAUGUACAUAAUAUUUUGAUAGAAAAAUUCUUAGUAGUUUGUGUAAUUACAUGCACAUAAUGAACAUUUUAGAAAUGUUUUUAUUCCAAUAGGUUUUCUUUGAGAACCAAAUGUUGUUUUCAAUUACAUAUAUAUAUGUCAAGUUGUACAUAUUUUCAUCUAAAAUUUCGAUUUGUUUAUCUUGAACUGUAAAGAGUAUAAGUUUUACUAAGAAGUUUACUUAUUCUUUCGGGUGUGGGCACCUUCGAGUACAUAGCUUGUAGAUAUGCUCUUUUAAAGAAAUUUAUUUUA